GAAAAAGCGUCCGCGUGUGCUUCUUCUCAUCUCUUCUGGGCCAAGGGUGUGUGGCGCGGGUACCUGGAGCUCUGUAAGUCCGUACGUGUGUGCUGUGGUUGGCGACUACGCAGGCUGAAGAGAACCGCAAAGGCGUGGAGGAGGGAACGCGCACGCGCUUCUCCUCCAUGAAACCUGAAUGAGUGAGCUCUCAUGCCUUCGUUCGACUUUGCUACAUUGCAGAUUCCAUUUGGGAACCAUCUUGUUACAACUUUAGUGCAGCCUUGUUUCCUCCAUACUCAAUGGGGAAAAUGUAUGUAUUGGAAGGCGAAAGUCCCAGAAGGUGCAGGGCGCAUUCAGCUAAAUGUCCUUUGUCAACAGAAUUUUGGGGUGCCGAAUCUUCAAAUGAAUGGUGGACUUGUCAAGGCAGCUGCACUGGUUGAACAGGUUCAAAGUGAUGAAGGAAAGGUCCAUGACUUGAAGGUGUGCAAUGAGGAAGCUGGAGCAUUUCGGUCUUCAGGUGAUGAUUCUGAUGAAAUGGAUGACCGAGAGAAGUUGAGAAGGUCAAAAAUAUCCAAGGCCAACAAGGGAAAAGUGCCCUGGAACAAAGGCAGGAAACACAGUGAAGAAACACGCCAAAAAAUACAAGAGAGAACAAAGCUGGCAAUGCAGGAUCCCAAGGUCAAAAUGAAGUUGGUAAAGUUGGGACAUGCUCAGAGCGUGGAGACAAGGGUUAAAAUCGGCCAAGGAGUGAGAAUGGGGUGGGAAAGAAGACGAAAGUGGCUCUCAUUGCAAGAGACUUGCUUCCUUGCAUGGCAGAAUGCCAUCGCUGAUGCUUCAAGAAAGGGAUUUGCUGGUGAAGAUGAAUUGCAGUGGGAUUCAUAUGAUAUCUUAAACAAGCAACUGAAGGUGCAAUGGUUGGACAGUGUUGAACAGAGAAAACUGAUGCCUAGGUCAAAUGGUGGAAAAAGAGCCCCAAAAUCUCCUGAGCAACGGAGGAAAAUCUCUCAAGCCAUUUCAGCAAAAUGGGCAGAUCCUGAAUAUCGCGAAAGAGUUUGCUCUGCAUUGGCUAAAUAUCAUGGCAUUCCUGAUGGGGUAGAAAGAAGAUCAAGGAGAAAGCCACAAGGUGAAUCACAGGGUGUCAAAAGAGAGCGUCCAAUAAGAAAAACAUCUAUAAAGACUGGUGCGGAGACACAUUUGGUCACUCGGCCAGUGAAAACUGUAUCAAUCAAGAAGAAAAUGCGUCGACCUUCUUUUAAAGACCCACUGGUGGGCAGCAAGCUGGAGAUGAUCAAGAAUAUCAGAGAGGAGAGAGCCACUAUGGAGAUCAAGAAGAGGGAAGCUGUUCAAAGGGCAAAGUUGUUAAUUGCCGAAGCUGAGAAGGCUGCAAGGGCCCUUGAGGUUGCUGCCAGGACAAACCCAAUUGCAUGUGCUUCACUUUCCCAAACAAGGAAGCUCAUUGCUGAGGCUACUCAGUCCAUUCAAGGUAUAGAAGGAGGAAGUAUUACUGCUGCAGAGAACCUAGACUCUAGUUCUGUUCUGACCAGUUCAGAUGAAGAAAGUCAAAUGGAUUUUUUCAGUGACGAGAUUGAAUUCAUUGACAAAAGAUCAAACAAGAGAGCUAUUAAUGGAGCAUGUCAUUCUUCAUUGGCUGAUCAGAACGAAGAAUUUGAUUUCACAAAAUUUGCAUUGCAUAAUUUAUUGAACUCGAGGGCUCUUGUAGACAAAGUUGGCUACAGUCAAGGUAAUGCAGAAGUCAUGGUUGAUGGUUUGAAACAGCAGUUAAGCAUCUCCCUGAGCUCUCCUGAUGGACUUAAUGGUUCUAGAGCACAUGACAAGGUAAAGUUGGAGGAUGAUAGCGAAGAUGGAAAUUGCUCUCCCUUGGAAGAAAUGACUAAGAACUUGCAUCCUAAAACUAUGAGGAAAAAGCAGUGGGUUUGUGGGAAGCUGGUUGAGGUAGAGAGCAGUUAGGGGUUUUUUUUGUGGUUAAAUCCAGCAGUUUAUUUCGUAGCUA